GGCAUUCGUGAACGAGUAAAAUUGUUCGAAAUUUCCAGUUUUCGGAUUGCGGCACUCGUUAUCGAGUACACUCGUUCGAAAUUUGACAUUCUGUCAUUCGAUAACGAGUUGUAAUUCAAACGAACCUAACGAAAUGUCAUUCGAUUGAUAAUUUGCAAUCGUUAAUUCAAAAGUUUUCAAACGUCGUGAGUCUACUCAGAAAAAAUCAAAUAAAAUGUAAGUUAACGUUUAUGUUAUUGACUAUUUUAUAAAUAGAAUCAUUUUUUUAGGACAAAUGUUAAUAAAAUCAACAUGAGACAAAAAAAUUUAAUGGCCGAAUACAUGCUUCGGCAUCAAGAUUUGGCCAAAAAUAUGUUGCCGAAUUGUGGUCAGGGCAAAGCUGCUGCCAAUAAAUUGUGGGACUCCUUGGCGGUCCUGCUUAAUGCGGCCGGUCCACCAAUGAAGGAUGCUAAGUCUUGGCGGAAAGUAUUUGCUGAUCAAAAGCACAACGUCAAAAAGAAGUUGUCUUUCAACAAAGCGUCGAAGCAGCGAACUGGUGGUGGUCCUUACGAAGAAAAGUACCUAACAACAGCAGAGGAGCAACUGCUUCAGGCUACCGGCAUGGACGUUGCGGUAGAAGGCCUGGGAGAAGUAAGAACUUUUGACAACUGCACCCCUGAAAAAGAGCCCGUCGAAAAGCUUAUGGCAGAGCUUUUAUACAGUGACGAAGACGACGUUCCACCGAAACCCUCUACUAGUCGCAGCGCUACGAAGAGGAGCAAACAGGAUGCUGCCGAUGAAAAGCUGGCCCUCAUUAAAGAAAACAUGAUCGCGUUUGAAAGCUACCAGCAGAGUAUAGGCGCAAAACUAGACAAGCUUAUAGCUUUGAAGGAGAGGUCGAUGGAAAUGAAAGAGGAAGCUCACAAAGCUUAUAUGGAAGUCAAAGCAAUAGAGCUGCAAAUUAACCGAAUACAAUUAGAAGCCUUAAAAAAAUAAAUAAAUAAACA